AGCAAACCCGGACAGAUUUCUCCUGGGAUGGAAUUAAUCUCUCUAUGGAAGAUACCACCUCCAUCCUUCCCAAGCUGAAGCGAAACUCCAAUGCCUAUGGGAUCGGAGCUCUUGCUAAGUCAUCUUUCUCCGGCGCCUUAGGGAUAUCUCGCAGCAUGAAGGAUCAUGUCACAAAGCCCACUGCCAUGGGUCAAGGUCGGGUGGCACACAUGAUUGAAUGGCAGGGAUGGGGCAAAGGCAGCAGCCAGCAGCAGAUUCACACUCACGAAACGGUGCGGAAGGAUGCAGACGCUUACUCUGACCUCAGCGAUGGGGAGAAGGAGGCCCGGUUCCUUGCAGGGGUAAUGGAGCAGUUUGCCAUCUCAGAAGCUACCCUCAUGGCUUGGUCUUCCAUGGAUGGUGAAGACAUGAGUGUCAAUUCCAGUCAGGAGAACCAGGCUGGCAACUACAAUGAAAACUAUCAGGAGAUGAUGGAGAACCAGGGUGAGAAUGUACAGGAUCACCUGACCCAAGCGCAGUACGACAGUUGGCCUCACUCCUAUGUCUCGCAGGGCAUGUACUGCCUAGGCUCAUCUGAUGCGUGGGAAACCAGUGACCAGUCCCUCAUUGCUUCCCCUGCUACUGGUUCCUACGUUGGCCAGAACUUUGAUGAAUCCCAACCUAACUUGCAGGAAAGUGUUUUGAUCCAGAACAACCUUAUCCAGCAACACCAGUUGCUGCAGCUGCAACAACAGCAACUUCAACAGCAGCAGCAGCUUCAGCAGUUUCAGCAGCUUCAGCAGCAACAGCAGCAGCAGCAACAACAACAACAACAGCAACAGCAGCAGCAGCAACAGCAGCAGCAGCAGCAACAGCAGCAGCAACAGCAGCAGCAGCUGCAACAGGCCCUUCUCCCAGAUACUGGCCUUGUAGACGUGUGGCCUGCUCAGACAGUUCCUAGUGGAGGCGGAAGUGGUGGCGGCGGCGGCGGCAGCAGCGGUGGCAGCGCUGAGUCCAGCACAUUUGUAGGAGUUCACCCAGGGGAGGACGCAAAUCCAUUGGUGGAGAAGGCUCCCGUGUUGAACCAGAAGCCCUCGCCAGAGGAGGAUGAUGCUGUAUGCAGGGACCUGGAGUCCCUUUCUCCCCGGGAGGAGCCAGAGCCUACUGCCCUUAGCCGCAAGGUCUCUGACGUUACCUCUUCUGGGGUGCAGUCAUUUGAUGAAGAGGAAGGCGAAGCCAACAACUGAUGCUGCCACUGAGGAACGCUUUGCCCUUAUGCAUGGGAAACACGGGUGGGGAAAAGUGUUAGGGAAGUCCCUCUCCAGCUCCUAAAUCUCCAGACACGCUAGCACACUUGUUUGUUUUUUUGAUUUAUGGGAAGGUAAGCCAAGGACCCAAAGUGCUAGGCUUUACUAAGUACCCUCCAUCCUUCCUGCACAUGUUGGACUGAACCUUUAAGACCUGUGGCCUUGGACACACAGGCCCAGGUUGCUCAGGGAAGGCGAGAUGGUGGCAUCACACAGACAUUGUUGGUCAUGGAUACAGUUUGUGCUGGUAGCAAGAAUCUGGAUUUUGGGAUAGAGAUUCUGUCUCAGUGGCCAACUGAGAGGAUGCUGCUACACACUGCUGCAGAGAUCAAAUGUAAGGUUAUAGGGAAGUGUUUGCAAUUGUGGCAUGACAGAACAGGAGAAGUAAGAAUGGAAGGAGUAGUAGCAAGCAUGGCAGCCAUAAGAUGGCUUUGUCAUAAAAUCUGCUAAUGAAAGAGAAAUGCUAUCAGAAAUGAAGCUCUGCACUAGAAGCCUAGAGGACAUAAUGUGAAGGGAGAGUUUCUUUCGGUGCAGAGUAUGCACUAAAAUCGGGAGUGAGGUUCCUGUGGAUACCAACCAUCCUAUAAUGCAGACAGAGUUGCUCUGUAAGUCUAGUCCAAACCUAAUUCUCCAGCACAUAUGCAUUGACUGCUGCAGAAAUCCUCCUUAUGCACCCCAUUCUCUCUGCCUGCCUGGGAGCUGGAGCGGGUUUUCUCCCCCAUUUACUAUUGGGCACUGCAUGCAGGGUAGGGAAAGAGGGAGGGGGGUCAUCUGCUAAUCUUAUAUGUUAUGCAGACACAGAGUCCUCUCUUUCCAGUUGUGUGCAAGGAAGACACGGAAAGCCAGCAUCUAUGGCUUCAUAUCACAGUUUCCCAGUUUACAUUAGGGCCUUCAUUAUUACUUUUUCCUUAAAUUUUUAUAUAUCCAAGGGACAGUUAUUUUAAGUAAUGGCUAACAGAGGGAACAGUUUGGAGGCCAACCUAGUGUGAGGUAAUAUUCCUUUCCUAGGAUCAUUGGAUCCUCUGUAGUGCCAAAAUACUGAUGAAGCAGUCACCAGGAAGAGGAUGAUUCUUCUCUCUUUCCAUUAAUGCCUGUCUUCUGCUCUUCCUUUAGUUCUUCUAUUUUUUACCCAUUGACCUAUAAAUAUUCCUCAGGCCUCACUGUGGUCAAAAAUGGGGAAAGGAUAAGUGGAUCGAUUUUCUCAUUUUGAGAGAGUUGUUUAUUUUUUUUGUUUGUUUUUUAUUGUUUGUAUCAAUAAUGCCAUGGCUUCUGGGCCUACACAGUUUGGUGCCUCUUGCUCCUUCACCAUGGCAACCAAAGGGGGCUGCAGUAAAAUAAUAAUCUUUUUUUAAAUCCAUUCCAACUCUCCAGCCUUCUGUGCAAUAUCAAAGGUGGGAGAAUAUAAUGAGGUGGAAUACUUACAUUUGUCAGGGCAAGCCAAAAGCAGGUGGUUAUUAGCAAGUGACAGGCAGUUAAGUGAACUAAACCUCUUGCCCAGAGGAGACUUUAAGGUUGCCAAAUAGCUAGGCGCCUUCAGGAAAUGGCCCUGUCUCCUCCUCUCUGGAAGUUACUUCUGCAAGCUUGAUAUGUUUUGUUAACCUGACAUUUAGAGGUGCUUUGCCACUAAUCCUAUUUUCUGCGGAGCUGCUGCUGGCUACAAGAUUGAGGAGUAAACCAUACUGCUUUGCUUACCCAGACGUGGAGCCCUUCAUGCAAGGAAAGAGACAGCAUGUUGGGUCCACAAUGUAAACUCGGAUUCACCUUCAGAUGCCAUCACUAAGGGGAGAAGUAGCGGGACACUUCUGCCCCUGCGGUUUUAAUGAAGAAGCAACAGAGAGCUUCAGUUCAUGGAUUUCAGAAGCCAGGAGGCUCUGUCUUCCCUUCUGCUGCACCUUCUUUGGACAUGUUGUCAUGACAAAGCUAUCUGCCAAAGGUCAGGCAGAGGCAGUCACCACAGAUGCAUGAAAGAUAAACCUGUUGUCAACCUUUUUCUUCCUUCUUUCCAUUUCCUUCCUCUUCUGGGCUCCUCGAGUAGGGAGGCUGCUCAGAUUCUGAGCACUGGGGAGCUAACCUCUCUUUCAAAAAUAUGUUUACACGCUAUGGUGCCAGCCUCUAAAGGCUAAGAGGGUUGGAUAUAACACUGCUCUGAAUAUGAGGGUGGAACCUCAUGUUCCUGUUUUUAUCUUGGUUUCUGCAUUCUGGCUGUCUGUAGCUUAUGAGAGAAUUCUUCUGGCAAUGGUGUUGUAUGAGGAUGAAAAGUGCAGAGGGCUCUUCACUGGAAGGAAAUGUUUAAUGAGAUUGUAGUCAUCCCAACAUAAUUGAGCCUUCAGGGUAAGGUUAAAGUUAUGAGAUAUUCCCAGUAUUGUGAUGGUUGGGGGUGUGCGUGUGUGGAGAUUCAAGCAACCUGUUGCUUCUUUCCUCCAAACUGCUAUGUUUCAUGUGCCUCUCCAGGACCAGGAGUAAACCUGGAUGUUUACGGUAAUUAUUUUCCAGUGUAAAUAUAUCCAGCUUUCAUCUUGGCAGUCUCUGGACUAGAUACAGAUAGCUCAUCUUGUUUGGAUCUGUUCUUCUACUGUCUUUCUUUUUUUAAGUUGCAAACAACUUGUGCAUUUUAUAAUAUCACAUGUCACAAAUGUUUGGGAGGUGUAUUUUGCUUUUGACUGGGGGACAAUGUAGAAGGACACAU